AAGAAAAUGUGUUUAGUAGGUAAUUAUUUCUUAAUAUUUUAUGCGAUUGAAAUAUGUAACUACCAUUGUAUGUUGAAUUGUUUCUUAAUAUUUUAUGUGAUUUAUUGACAUAUGUAACUACCAUUGUAUGUGUAAUUGUAUCUUAAUAUUUAGUAAAUAUGUUUAUUAUGCAGAUAUGGCAGAUGAUGUGCCGACACAUGAUUGCUCAGGAGAUGAGAACUCAGGAGAUGAGAACUUAGGUUAUUGUUUGCAACCUCCUAACCAUCGAGGUCCCACACGGAUGAAGCGGAUAUGCCAAAGAAUGGAUAAAGGUGAAAAAAUAGACCUUGAAGUUAAUGACAAAGGGGAAUACUUUGGAGAUAUGUAUGGAGAGAUGAUAUCGUGGCUUGGAGUUAGAUGCCGACAAACAAUCGGUAUCAAUUAUAAAGACUGGAGAUAUGUGGAUCAAUCGUUGAAGGACAAAAUUUGGAAAGACGUGCAACGUGGUUUCAAUGUUCGUGCAGAUUGGAAAAAAGAUUGUCUUAAAAUUGCAGGACGAAUUAUGAAGGAUUUUAAGACAAAAAUGACAUGCGAUGUCAUAAUGCCUUUGGCCAAAGAGAAUAAGGUGAAGGAGCUCGCAAUUCCCCCCAAAAACCAUCCUGAAAUUGAUAAAGAAGAUUGGGUAAAAUUUGUUGCGAGUCGUCUAACACCUGAACAUAUGGCUUUGAGAAAGGCACAAUCUGACCGAGCUUGCCAGAAUACAUCAAGGCACCACUCAGCUCGUAGAGGCAUGGUGACUCUCCGAGAGGAUGUGGUAAUGAAUUACAUGUUUUUAGAUAUUCUAAUACAGAACCUGAACCACCUGUUUGCCUUUUGACUGCUGCUUUGUUGCCUAUUUCUGGCUAA